AUGGCCGCCGUCGUCGCACAGCAGCCCUUCGCCCCGCCCCCCGCCGAUGCGCGCUCAAACCCCAACGCCGCCUCAGGCGUAGGCAAGACCCGCUACCGUCCUGCCCCAGCCAAGACCUUCCAGUGCAGAGGCUAUGGCGAAUGCAGGAUGGUCUUCAGCAGGAGCGAACAUCUUGCCAGGCACAUCAGGAAACAUACCGGCGAGAGGCCCUUCACCUGCCACUGCGGAAAGCAGUUCUCCCGUCUCGACAACCUCCGCCAACAUGCCCAGACCGUCCACGCCGACAAGCAGGACCAAAACGAGCGCAUGAUGUCCGAGCUCACCUCCCUCCACGCGUCCAUGACCGCCGCCUCCAAGGGCGGCCCCGCGCGCAGCAAGCGCGGCCAGGCUGCAGGCAGCGCGAACUCCAGCGUCUCCCCCACCAACGGUGGCUCCCUCAACGGAUCCAUCCCCUCCAUGGCCGUCAAGCAGGAGGACCUUUCCCACGCUGUCCACCCCAUGGCCCAGCGCCCGGGCACCAGCACCGGCUACGAGGGCGCGAACGCGAUUUUUCAGACCCCAGGGAGUAAUACAUGGCACAUUCAGACCUCCAACGUCGACCGCCCCUCCAUGCGCCCCACGAACAACCAUUCCUUUCGUGACCCCGGCCAGUCCUUUCGUGCCCCC